CGCGGCGAGCCCCGUGCGCGCGCCGCACGCGGGGCGCCCCGGGGGCGUCUCUUGCUCGCGGAACCCGCGGGCGCCUUCAUCGCUCGUCGGCGCUCAUUGUGAAGGCGGAACCGCCAAAAGCCCUCUCGGAAGAGCCGCUCGCCCCUCUCGUCGGCUCGGCAGCUCGCAAACAAACACACACACACACGGUCAGAGAGGGCUCUAGGCCACGGUCUCGACAUCGUCACUGUAACACAACAGCGGUGGCGGCGGUGGCGGUGACGGCGGUGUGUGAGAAAUCUCCGAAGCAGAAGAAGAAAGAAGCUUUGGGCGCCUUCAAUGUCGUGGCGCGGUCCAGGCAGAGCGCCCGUAGCCGCCUCGUGCUAACGAGAGAGGGGGGAGGGGGGGCAGUCUCUACGCGGCGGCUCGAUUUUCAUCGGCUUAAUUCAGCAUUUCUUUAGAUUGUUCGUAUUCUUCUUCUUUGGUUUAUCACCAUUGUUGAGUAUUAGAGUGAUUCGUUGCAGCUCGUACUGAGGAGGACGGUGGGAAUUGCAGAGGGCCCCCCCCCCCACCGACGUCGGCGGCGGGGUGUGUGUGUGGGUUGUGUGUGGGGGGGGGUCCCCCCGUUGUUUGGCGCAGUCGCCCUGAGGAGGAGAAGGGAGCGAUGGCGCUGGUUGCGUCGGUGCUGCCGUGCGCCUGAGCCCGGGUCGCCGUGGUGUUCGUAGAGGGUGGGGGGGGGGCCUAUAAAGCCGGCUUUGUGUUGAGGUGGAGGGGGUGUGUGGGAGAGCGGUCGAGUCGGGGUGGUUUUUUUGGGGGGGGUUCGAGUCGGGAUUUGUAUCGCGUUAGAUCCGAGCUGGGUUAGAUCCGAGCUGGGUUAGAUCGGUGGGGGUCGGAUUUGGAGCGGGAUCGGAGCGCGUCAGAUUGGCGGUUUCGGUCCGAUUCUGUCGGAAGUUGCAUCGGGGUUUGGGUUGGAUUCGGAACGCAGAUCCGUUUGUCUCGAGCCCGGUUCGGGGUCACGCCUGCGUAGGGCCGCAUUGUGACAUCUCCAGGUUCAGGUCAGUGGGGGGCAGGGGUGGGGAGGUCCGUGUCGGUUCAAAUCGGUUCGAGUUGGAUCGGAAGUCGUCAGCUCGGGCAACGGCAGGGGCGAGGGGCCAUUCAGUCAUGAGCGCCGGCAUCUCCCUCAGCGAGUUGUGCUGCCUCUUCUGCUGCCCGCCAUGCCCCGGCCGCAUCGCGUCCAAGCUCGCCUUCCUGCCGCCCGAGCCCACGUACGGGCUCCUGGCGGACGAGACGGGGUCUCGCUGGAGCCUGCGUCUCACCGACCGCGCCGAGUGGCAGUACUCCCGCCGCGAGCUGGACGCCAUCGAGGUCUCCGUCACCAGGUGGUGGACCGCAGCGGACGCACGGACGGAUUCUUCCCAGCUGUGUGGACAAGUAGGGGCAGUCGGCUGGCGUGCAUGUUCGUGCGCUGCGCGCCGGACGCGCCGUUCACGCUGCUCUUCUCUCAUGGCAACGCCGUCGACCUGGGCCAGAUGAGCAGCUUCUACCUGGGGCUGGGCACGCGCCUCGGCUGCAACGUCUUCUCCUACGACUACUCGGGCUACGGGGGCAGCUCGGGGAAACCUUCCGAGAAGAACCUGUACGCCGACAUCGAGGCGGCCUGGCACGUGCUGCGCAACAGGUACGCGGUGCUACCCGAGAACAUCAUCCUGUACGGGCAGAGCAUCGGCACGGUGCCCACGGUGGACCUGGCGUCGCGCUACGAGUGCGCCGCCAUCGUGCUGCACUCGCCGCUCAUGUCGGGCAUGCGCGUCGCCUUCCCCAACACGCGCCGCACCUACUGCUUCGACGCCUUCCCCAGCAUCGACAAAAUCUCUCAGGUGUCGUCGCCAGUGCUUGUGAUCCACGGCACGGAGGACGAGGUGAUCGACUUCUCGCACGGACUGGCCAUGUACGAGCGCUGCCAGCGCGCCGUCGAGCCCCUCUGGGUGGAGGGCGCCGGCCACAACGACGUGGAGCUCUACGGCCAGUACCUGGAGCGCCUCAAGCGCUUUGUGACGCAGGAACUGCCGCAGAGGAGCGUGCCCUGACCCCCGAAGGUCGCGGCCGCCGCCGCUGCCGCCACCACCAUCACCGCUGCCAACAAAACCACAAAACCUUUGAAGGCUCUAGAGGAAGAGGGACUGGCAACGUUGGACUGGUUGGUGUGUUACGAGUGGCACGCGCGGGGAGGGGUUAUGCGCUUACUUAGCGAAAGCGCAGAACUUACAACUGUUCCAGUAAUCAUGUAAACAAAGGGCACUGACGAAAAGAUAGUGGUUCACAUUGCCACUUGUUUAUAAGAGCAUGACUGUUAUUUUUGUGGGGUUUUUAUUUUUCUGUUCUUUUCUCCUGUGGCCAGAUCUCUCUCUCUCUCUCUCUUUUCCUUUGUGUGUUCUCCCUUCCUACCUCUCUCUCCUGUUUUUCGUUGUUGUCAUUCCUGUGAAGCCGGCUGUGAAAUGUUUAUAGUCUAAACGGAGCGCAGUCGUCGCGUGGUCCUGUGUGUUCGAGCAGACACAAAACUAUGCAGUAAAACUUGCUCUCGUUUCGGAGAGAGCGCGAGCUUAAGCAACUCAUCUCGCCUUGGGAAGUCUGGUCGCGCGGGAGAGAGGAGAGGAAGAGAGAGGGAGCGGAAAGAGGAGAGAGCCAAGAGGGAGAGAGGAGAGAGAGAGAAGGGGGGAUCUCAAUAUUUUGCGAGUUUGUACAAAAGUGUAGCGCAAGGCCUUAUCAAACGAGCUGUGAAACGCUGUGAUGCCUGAUUUUAGUGUUUUGCGGUUCGCCGACGGAGAAAGAGGGGGUGGUGGGGGUGUGCGAUUUCUCGUUAUCGCUUGAAUGUGUGUACAGGUUUAAAAACACAACGUCCGUGCUCCGCUGUCGAAAAACAAAAACACACAAGUUGCACAAGAAACACGAGCGAGAGAGACGCAAAAGCGAGUCGUUGAGGAAAAUCUCAGGUGCUGGAGCGUGCCGCACCCUUUUAAACCCCCCCCCCCCAUCUCUGUUCUGGUAGGGAAAUUAACAACAAGCGGUGUACAGGUGUGUGGCUGUCGACUGCAGAAACGGAAAACAUUCAAAUAGCCUGCUGCAUUGAGACUUACGUUUUUUCUUGCAAAUGCGUAAAUCAAGGAGGUGUCCGCCUUACGGCAUUUCAUCUGCAUGUAGAAGCGACAGCUAUGUAGGAAAUAAUUCACUUCUAAUUGUUACAUUAUUUUAAGGAACGGUUUUUUUCUUUUGUGCCGUGGUUUAUGAAUCGCUAACAAGAUGUUGAUGAUCGUUGAAAGUAUUUAUCUGCCUGUGCUUUGACGAUGCAAAAAAAAUAUGCAACUGCUACGGGAAAACAACAUCGGGGGGUGGGGGGGGUGGAAGGAUGCUCGAUUUCUCUCUCGAGUGUGUGAAGCCGUGCAGUUUGAAAAUUAUUUUCGCUAUUUCUCUCUUUCCGGUAGCUGUUUGUUGUGCAUGUUUAGCGAUUUUCAAAGAAAGAAAAAAACGAAUCUCAUCUCUUGGUGAACAACACACGGUUGCAGGAAGUCGAUUGCAGGUACUCGUUAAAACUUCGUGAGAAAAACCAACGGACCUCUGCAAUGUAUGUUAAAAUAAGCGGACCACGUGAUUUUUUUAAGUUGCGUAUAUUUUGAAUGCCAAUUGCUACUGCGUUUAAGUGUGUUUUUUUUUACAUUGUGUACCGUCGUGAAACAUUGAGCCUUUAUCCCGUGGUGCUCAUUGUGAACUUAUUGGAAAUGUUUUUUUUCAUAGCCUAAAGCGCUCGAAAUAUGGUUGGUUGUGUGUGUGUUUUUUUUACUUUUAUUAAUAAUAAAGCAUUUUGUUGUUGUUAGGAGAUUUUAAUGAAUUUGACAGGUACUGGUGUGUAAAAGUCAUGUGUAUUAAUUGGUGAGCUGUUAAUCUUUGUGAUGCUGAUAUUUCUGUUCUCCCCUUUAUCCUUUUUAUUUGACGAUGCCCCCACUGUUUACAUACCUGCUGAGUGGCUUUAUCCCAAUAACGAAUAAACAACGUUUGGCAGCUGUUUAAAAAAAAAGUUAUAACAACGCUAAUAACCACAGCAACAAACAACGGGAUAUUAAUGGAUCUGUUCGGAGCUGCCUUAGAAGUUCCUGGUGGCACGGGCAGGGAGGGUGGGAAGGGGUGGUGGCUGGAGGCCCGUGGCUGGAGGCCCGUGGCAGAAUGCCACGUGGGGCCCUCUUUUGCAUGGGCCGUUGUGGGGCCCUCUUUUUGUGAGGCCUGGGGAAAACCCCCCCCCCCCCCCCCCCCGCCCGUCGCCGCCGCCACCCAAUCUCUUCUAAGCGUCCCUGGGUCUCUAAUAAUCGCCUAAUAGAGACUCUCAUGAGCUAUCGCCCGCCUUAGGGUUGUUUGUACUCGGGGGGGGGGGGGGAAAGGGCGGGCCGCAAUCUAACCGAACGGACCAAUUUUGGAGUGUGGCUCGUCCCCCCCAUUCCCCGUGAGUGUGAUUCGUGCCGUCCAUGCUGUGCUUGGUUAGAGGUGGUGGAACCAAAUGGCCGAACGCUUCUGAACGUGCGGGGCUCGACCUGGCGCCGUCAGGACGUGUGUGGGGACGUGAAAAACGCGACCUUAACUUAUUUUAAGAAAAUAAUAAUUCUUGAAAAAUGAUAUAUAUUACGAUGACAGAAUAACGGUACACCACGUUUCCAUUUUAUCCCGAAACUUUGGAAGAAAAUGAACGGAGACGAACCGUUGGCUGCGUAAAACGGGAGUUUCAGAAGUACGAGUGAAUAACACUAAUCUUGGACAGCGAUGCGAUGUUGACAGCGGCAUCUUUUUAUAUACGGACACGACGGUCGAAGGGGUACGUUUCAUGACUGAUGCGCGGCACGCCAGAACCAUGCCAAGCGAAUGCUGUAUGACCACGCCUCCACCUUUUUAUGCUUUUUUUCUCAAUUGUGAAUGUUUGACUAUUAUUAAAGGAGAACACUUUGGCAGAAGUAAAUGUGAUUGUUCAAGCGCGCCUUGUGUACAAACCGUGCAUUCGGCCAAAGAUUGCACAUUUUGCGCAUGCGUGCGUGCGUAGACUCUGUUGACCGUUAGGACGAUUUGUCGCUUACGAAAUGUUGCCUGUUGUUGGGUGCACAAUUUUUUUUCUUUAUGGAAUAAAAAAAAGGAACAAGAAA